AGGAAAAAACAGUGACGAGCACUAAAACAUUCAAAGAAGUGCAAUCACCAGGGGCUUUAAAUCCAGGUCUGCUUCAAGGAAAAAAAUCACACAAACAUGGCUGAGAUCCCAUACCAAAUGAUAUCAAACCUACGCCCUCAAACAACGACUGCAUGGAGGCUUAAAGUCCGAGUAACGAGGAUUUGGCAAGCUAUUCAUCGCCAGGGAGAUACAGUAGGUAUAAACUUAAUUUUCGUCGAUGAAUUGGGAGGGCGCAUUCAUGCAUGGAUUGCUGCAGCAAACAUGAAUCAACUUCAGAAUUUGAUUACAGAAGGAGAAACCUAUAAUGUCCAUAACUUUGUUGUUAGGCAAUAUGGUUCCAUGCAAACUUACAGAUGCUUUCAAAAUAAUGUCUUCAUCCAAUUGUAUCAUAUGAUUGAGCUCCAAGUGGCUGAAGGUGUGGAUUACAUCCAGCGUCAUGUGUUUCACUUCACUGACUUAUCAGCUAUAAUGGAUGCUGCAAGGGAAAGCAACUUUUUAAUCGAUGUUGUUGGCAUUCUACAACAAGUGCAACCACUCAAUACCUACAGGAACAAAUAUAAUCAGCUGAAAUACAACAUUCAGCUUACCAUCAACGAUAUGCAGUUUGUGUUAAUCUUUUAAAUGUAAGCUCUGAUACAAAUACUGCAUGUUCAACAAUUGAAUUUUUUUAUCAAUCUCUUAACAACACUUCUGCACAAGUGAUAUUCUACGAUGAAAUGGCACAAUCUUUUGAUCAGGAAGUCCAUAAUGCUGACCAACAUCCAGUUAUAGUUAUCAUCGCCAAUGUUAAAGCUACACUCAUCCAAGGUAGUCCUCAAAAUAUUGCAUUCCUGUUUUUUAAUAUCUUCAUAAAACAUUGUCAAGUUAAUGUUUUAGGUGAGGAGAAGCUGACAAACUAUCCACCGACAAGGUUUUUCAUAAAUCUUAAUCAUGAAGCAGUGGAGGAUCUCAGAGAUGCAUUCAGGUUGGCACUUAUGUAAUGUAUGAUUUUGUAAAUAAAUGUCAAUCAAUUGAAUGGUAAAGAUUGGCAAAAUUUGAAUCGAUUGAAUGCUACAGAUUGACAAAUUGGCGUCUCCACUAAUGUUCGCAAAGAAAAGGAUGCAAUGAGAGGACUAUACUAUCUCCAUCAUGCUAUUCCUAUCAUCCAUCACGUUGUUUAUCUUAUGUAAUGUAUGGGUUUGUAAUAACAUUUGGGAACUUUGUACUUUUGAAUUUUAUCUUUGCAUUUGGUUUGGUAGCCAGAUUAAGAACUUUGUAUUAUUCUUAAGAUAAUGGUGUCGUAGGUUUGUAUAACUCUGUAUUAAGAACUCUGUUUCCGUAA